ACAUGAGCUGUUCCUUAUCGCAGACAAGCAGGAAUUAUUUUCUUUUUUUAAAUGGCGGAGGAGCUGUUAGUGGAAGGUGAUGCAAAGGGCAAUGGGCAACUCACAAGGUCACUGCUGGCGGUGGCUUUCCUGUCCUCAUUCGGCAGCUCCAUGCUCUAUGGCUACAAUUUGGCGGUGGUCAACUCCCCUGCACAGUACAUCAAAGCAUUCUACAAUGAGUCGAUUACAGAAUCCUACCACUGGACUCCAGAUGAGAAGUUCAUCACCAUCCUGUACUCCCUCACUGUGUCGGUGUUUGCCAUCGGCGGCAUGGUGGGGGCUCUGCUGGUGGCCAAACUAGUCACCAGAUAUGGAAGGAGGGGGACAGUGGUGAGGUCCAGCAUGCUGGUGUUUAUAGGCGGAGCUCUGAUGGCCUUCAGCAGAGGGUGCGGGUCACCUGCCAUGGUCAUCAUUGGCCGCUUCAUCACAGGAGUACACUCAGGUAUUUCGCUCAGCGUGGUGCCAAUGUACCUCGGUGAGAUUGCGCCAAAGACACUACGAGGUUUCCUGGGCCUCAUUCCCAGCAUCCACAUUUGUCUCGGGGUCUUCAUUGCUCAGGUCCUGGGGCUCCAUGAACUGCUGGGAAAGGAAGAGAAUUGGCCUCUGCUUCUGUCCCUCGUGGUGUUCCCUGCCACUGUCCAGGUGAUGCUGUUGCCAUGGUUCCCAGAGAGUCCACGCUACCUGUUGAUAGACAAGGGAAAUGUGCACGCCGCCAUCGCAGCCCUAAAGUGGUACCGCACUAAAGGAAACAUCCAGGCGCAAAUCGAGGAGAUGCAGGAGGAGCAGCGCUCUUUGUCCUCCGUCCAGAGCGUCUCUGUCUGGGGCCUGAUCAGGGACCGCUGCGUCCGCUGGCAGGUCAUCAGCAUUAUUGUGGUCAACGUCGGCAUGCAGCUGUCCGGCAUCGAUGCGAUCUGGUACUACACAAAUGAGAUAUUUAAAAACGCCGGGAUCCCAGAGCCUCACAUUCAGUACACAACAGUGGGAACUGGUGCCAUCGAGGUCAUCUCUGGAGUUCUGGGGUGUUUCAUGAUCGAUCGUCUGGGCAGGAAACCUCUGAUGAUUGGCGGCUUCCUCUUCAUGGGUAUCUGCUGUGCAGGGAUCACUGUGUCUGUCCUCUUCCAGACGGAGCUGGCGUUCAUGCGCUACAUCAGUGUGGGCUGCGUUGUUGGAAUAAUCGCCGGCUUCUGCAUAGGCCCAGCUGGCGUGCCGUUCCUGAUCACGGCCGAGCUGUUUAAACAGUCACACAGACCGGCUGCCUACACCGUGGCUGGAUGCCUCAACUGGUUGUCCAACUUCACCAUCGGCUUCGUCUUCCCCUUCCUAGAGCUCGCUACAGGCCCUUACUGUUACCUGAUCUUCUGCGUGAUCUGCUUGGGAGUGGCCAUCUACACCAUCUUCAUCAUUCCCGAGACCAAGAACAAAACCUUUAUGGAGAUCAGUCAAAUGUUCGCCUCCAGGAACAACAUACUUGAGGAGGAGUUGACGUCCAACGGUCAUUUGAAAAUGGCUAUGAUGAACGGAUACGGGACCCUUUCCCAGUAUGAUGAGAAGUACGAGAUAGAGUGAAGGAAAGAAGAGAUGGACCAACAUGUUAAUGAUGGUUUCUUCAACCACUGUGUCCCAGGUAAAAGGGGCCACAAGUGGAUCUGCUGCUUCAGAUGAAAUCUUUGUCAUUUAAGACUUAGAUAUUUAAGUUAUUCCUGUUUUUAACAGUACAUUCCCAGUCAGAGAAUCUCCUGCAGUCCUGCAUUGUAAACCAACAGUAACACUGUCAUCUGUUCCUGGGCAGUCUCAGUUUGAAGAGAAAAUCAGCUUUCACUGGUCUUGAACAAAACAGGUUUCCACAAAAAGCACAAGGCAACAAAAAGAUACAAAAGUGGUCAAAAGGCAACUAGUAAGCAAUCUUAAAUAAUGUCAGCAGACACAGGAAACACACAGGCUAAAUACACAGGUGGAGGGAUAACGAUGAACAGGUGAAACACAUCAGGGCGGGGCAGCUAAUCACAGAGGAGGGAAACUUUACAGGAAGCAGACACUGAAACGAGAGGCAAUGGUAAUUAUUUCAAAAUAAAACAGGAAACAGCCAUUAUCCCGCUGUAAACUCCCUCUUCUUCAGCCGGGUCAUUUUGCCCUGGAUUACUGAUAAUCGUAUUGCAAAAGGAAGGACAACAAUAUAUCAUCAAAUCCAUAUUUUAACCCACCCCGAGAAUAAAAUGUACAGAAACUGAUUCUCUUUCUUGUUGUUGCAUGUUUACACGGUUCAAUCUAAGGUAAAUGUUGAAUGUUCUUUUCUUGCCUUCUAUUCUUUCCGUGAGUUUUGUCUCUCUUUUUUUUUACAUAAGAGCGAUAAAUAAUGUGGCUACUGUCGUAGUCUUGACCAAGCACGUGUGCAUACAUGUUUAAAGCUUGUGAUAAUUUAUCAAUAUUUCACAUCAAAUUUGGCUUUACGUUAAGUUUAUGCAGGUGUUUUUAAGCGACCCUGUUUUACAAAACCACUUUGUAUAAUAUAUGGUGACAAUAAGAGGUGUAAUGUGAAAUUAAGACUAUUAAAAAACGUGAAAAUCA